CCCAUUAAAUACAACUGGAAUUAAUAACAAUACUAUUACUAAAAAUAAUGAUUAUAAUAAAACACUGGACUUAUCGGAUAAUUUUAUCUAUAUAUGCGGUGGAAGUAAUGAGACAUCUAUUUUGUCUGAUUGUUAUAAAUAUAAUAUACACACAAGUGUUUGGGAAUCAAUACAAUCCAUGUCUACUAAACGUAUGAGAUUUAGUUUGGUUUCAUAUGAUUCAAAAUUGUAUGCAAUUGGCGGCCAUAACAAUAAAACAUUGAAUAACGUUGAAUCAUACGAUACGCAAACAAAUCAAUGGAUAUCAAUGGCAUCGCUGAAUAUAUUACGACGUGAGCAUGAUGCAACUGUACUACAAAAUACAAUUUAUGUAUGCGGUGGUAAAGAUGGAACUAUAUUAAAAUCAUGUGAAUAUUAUACACUAAAUACUGAUGACUGGACUUUUUCAACACCAAUGAGUCAGGUAAGAGAGGAUCUGUCACUGGUAGCACACGAUAGGCUAAUAUAUGCUAUCGGAGGUAAAAAUGGUACACAAAAUUUUAAUACAAUGGAAAGAUAUGAUACAAAUACUAAACAAUGGCAACCAAUGGCUAAUAUGAAAUAUCCUAGAGACUAUUUAGGUUCAGCAUCAUUUAUGGGUAAAAUAUAUGUUUGCGGCGGUUGGAGUUAUAGUGAUGUCAUGAACUCAUGCGAAACAUAUGACUCGAAAACAAAUCAAUGGACACCAAUUGCAUCCAUGCAAUUAGAAAGAAUUGGAUUUAAAUUGAUUGCAUUUAAUGACAAAAUAUAUGCAUUAGGUGGACAAACAAAAGAUGGUAAUAUAACAGAUACGGUUGAAAUUUAUGAUUAUAAAUCCAAUCAAUGGUAUUAUACGACAUCAAUGCCAAUAAAAGUUUAUGAUUAUGGGACAACAUAUUUAACUAAAUGUAGAUAG